AAGACUACGGGCGUGGGAAGCUGUUCACCGGAGAGGCACUGACAGACUCACCUUGACACGCCUGACCUUCCGCUCCCGUCUCGUUUCCAGACUCGGCCGCGUGACAAUAAGCGCUCGACAUUCUCCUGACUCGGCCUCGAAUUCCACGCCCAACUCCUCGCCUCUGGAUCAUUGCCGCAGCGCCCAUCUCCGUCACCUUCCACGCCCUUCCGCCGCCAUGGCCUCCUGGUGGGUGCUGCUGCUGCUCCUCUGCCUCCUCGCCCUCGUCAGCCACGCCAGCGUCCCCCUCGGAGUCGCCGCCCGCCGCCACAAGUCCCGCCUCACCGUCACACCUCUCCGCCGCCCCAAGGCCACUCUGGACCCCGAGGCCGCCGCCGCCGCCGCCGCUGCCCUGGAGGAGCAGCGGCGGGCGGCAGUGCGCAACAACAGUGUGACGGACGUGACGGGCCAGCUGGGCACCUCCGCCUUCCUGCCCUGCCGCACCACGCAUUCCAUGGAGAGACAGGUGUCGUGGGUGCGCCGAAGAGACUGGCAUAUCCUGACCUCGGGCACGCAGACGUACACGCGAGAGGAGCGCUUCGCCGUGCACCACCCCGAGGGCAGCACCGAGUGGACGCUGGCCAUUAAGUACUUGGAGCUGGACGACGCCGGGACCUACGAGUGUCAGGUGUCCACGGGGGCGGGCCAGGCGUCGCACCUGGUGAGGCUGGCGGUGGUGUCGCCGCGCGCCGUCAUCCCGGGCCGCGGCACCCGACACGUGCAGGUCGGCUCCACCAUCUCACUCACCUGCCUCAUAGAACAGAGCCCCGUGCCUCCCCAGUUCAUCUUCUGGUACCACGACGCCCGCAUGAUCAACUACGAGCGUCAGCGUGGCGGCGUGGAGGUGCACGUGGAGGGCGGACCCACCGUCACCUCGCGCCUCACGGUGAGCGACGCGCAGCAGCAGGACUCCGGCAACUACACGUGCGCCGCCGCCAACACGGACGCCGCCUCGGUCUUCGUGUACGUGACAGAAGAGGACAACAAGAUCGCCGCCGUCCAGCCCCGGGCCCUGGGCGGCGGGCCGUCCACGCUGCCCUGCCCUCCCCUGCUGGCGUCAUUCCUGCUGCUGCUGCCGCUGGCCUCCGUGGCGGCCCAGCGCUGAGCACCCCGCACCCCCGCACGUCCCCGGCCCUCGUGUCUUCCUCCACCCUGAGCCACAGGACCCGGCAGCCCUGAGCCGCUCGCAGAAGUGCCGCACCCCGCCCAGCCCGGCAGAGGGCGGCCACUGACAACUCCGCCCGACCCUCGCCCCUGCCAGGAAGUAUUCUCAGUCAAGUACAAAAAGUGAACCCCGAGCAGGCUGACCACCUGGGCCCUGCGGCUGGCGGCCUGCACACAAGGAGCGCUGGAACGGUGAUGGCAGCUUAUGGACGUGAUUGCAACAUUGAAGGACGAGUGGUGGGGAGGAUGGUGGUGCUUGCAGACCCUGUGGUGGAUGCUGCUGGAUGGAGAGGUGGCAGCAGCAGGCAGCCAGCGAGACAGUGCCGGGUGUGCUCCCUGUACAUGUGCACUACAAAGUUGUUGCAAUACUAAUUUACAUCGGUGUGAUUUGUACAAUAAACAAAUAUAUGGGAGUGGAUGUUUCAAUACCUCUCGUGUGGCACCCAACCCACCUUAUAUUAAUGACAACAUUAACACCUGUUCUCUUAGUUUCUUUGCACUACCUAUGGUUGUUAGGGACUUCAAAUCCUUAAGCUAUAGCCACCAUGCAGCCUCAGUGCUUGUAUAGUUUGCAUGGUGAGUGGAUGCAUCUAGAAUACCUAUAUACUGGGAGGGUAGUGAUAACUCCAAGCUGGGACACCCUUUACUUCACUGCCGAGCAGCCGCACCAACUCCCUGCUGUCCUCUUUCUGGUGCCGGUGAAAGUUGAUGUAAACACUGACGAAAGCAUAGUGUAAGAGUCGGUGAAGGUGAAUGGGGAGUAGGAUGUUUACAGCCAAUGUUUAAAUGGAAAUAUUCAACAGUACAAUAGUUAAAUAUAUCCAUAUUAACACUGACUGUUAACAUCCUUAUCACCCUCCCCUCUCAUACUAUGCUUUCACAAGUGUUUACAACAACUCUGGCACCGGCACCAGAGAGGGGACAGCACACAUGCCAGAUGGAGUCAGUGCACACUGCUUGGCUCUGAAGAAAAUUAAUUUCUAGCUUGAGGUUGUCGCUACUUCCCCAGUGUAUAAGUACUCUAGAUGCACCUUGUUGGUCAACACCUGUUCUGCUCCUUGACCAGAGGCUGCUCUGACUUUGCAAAAUGGUUUGUACCACAUUUACUGAGAAAAACUAAGUGACAAUUGAAACUGGCACAGACCUACAAACCUGGGCACCAAAUGAAGCUUCUUUUUUUUUCUACAUUUUUUUAAAAACCCAGUGAGACACUAAGGUGCCAGCAGUGUAGACUGUUCAGCUCACAGCCAAAUCAUGUCCAGGAAAGUCAAAGAAAUCUUCCCCAACAAAUGACACAUCAAGAAGAGUUGGGGACUAAGCUCGUUCUCAAACAAUGUCAGAGUUCUGGAGGAAGUCUUUUGGAGCUUACCAGAAUGUUGUUUGGCCAUAGGCAUGUCUACACCACUGCCACCUUUAAAGCACCUCACCCAGUUCCUCGCAGAACUCACAAACACCAACUAAUUGACGAUUUCCUUACUUUUGUGCCCAACCUUAUGCAGUACAAUGUUCUGUGCAGUCAUUUCAGCUGUCAAAGACUUGUUUGUGCUCACAAUAAGUGAGGUACAGGAUAUAAAUCCAGAGCACCUUGCAGCCAAGGAGAGGAGGCAGCACUCACAAACAGGACACAGCUGCUCACCAUGCAGGCUACAAGAGCACUGAGGCUGUGUGGUGGCUGUGGGCUGGAGAACAUGAUGUCGCUAACGGUCAAUGCCCAGCAUAAUGCACUGAUGCAAAUCAACAUUAAAUAAAGGUGUAUUGUUUCUUGUCAUCAAAGUAUGGCGGGUCAUGGGCCCAGCAUGCACAUAAAAUGAGCACUGUAUCCGCUCCUCCGAACAACACAAGCCAUUGCUAUACUGACACACCAAUGUCCCGCACCCCCUUCCCUUCCCAUUGGCUCUGAAAAUGUACUGUUCCAUGAAAAUUUGGUCCACACUCACUAUUACUCAACAUGAAUGGCAGUUAUGUCCUGUAUAACAUAACCUCUCCAAACCCCCACAUGGCAGGAGCAGCCUCCUCUACCCAGGUAAGACUUGCAGGGCCAUUUUCCAGCAAUCAGGACAUUCUGAUACAAGCUGGUAGUUACUCUCACCUUCUGAUACUUAUUACACACAAAGUCAGUCAUCUCAAAAUUUUCUUGAUGCUACAUUUCCUAUAAUUUUUUUCCCCAGCUCCUGUCUUGCACAGAAUAUCACUAUUUUACUACCGUUUCAUACACUCCAACUUCUUGAGUAUAUAAUCAAUAAUAUUCUGUCCCCCACUGACCUCUUUACAAGCUGUUAACAAAAGAUAUGAUUUGCCAUGUGUAUGAAUCACUUUGAGCACACCACAUGUGCAGUCAUACUUUAAUAUCUCAAUAAGAAUUUGGUUGAGGAGGUAAGUUUCUAAAGUCACUUCAGAAAGAAUAAUUCAAGGUGACAGUCUGGCGUGGCAUAUUAAGUGAUGUGAGAACAGCAGCAGCUUGUGUCAAAAGAUCUCAUCAUAACAAGGAAUUGCCCUGCAAGUCACCCUGAACCAAGAGUGGGCUGGCGCUGCCCUGUGAUCCAGCGCAGUGAUCUCAAAGGUGAAAAAGUGAACGGAAUGAGUUACAUCACGUUGCUAAAGAGGUUAACAGCAAUACAAAAGAAAAAAAAAUCUGAUACAGUAGUUAUUCAAAGUUGAAAAGGGAAAGAAGACUGACAGGCCUGUAGCAAUCACACCUUAUGUACACUUUUGAAAAUAGUGAAAGCAAUGAGUAAAGUGCUCACUCAUCCACUCUACAUAAAAUUCUUGUCACCUACAGUACUGGUCUGACAGACUCAAGUGGUCUGGGUUCACACACAAAAAGCAAACAACUCUGCAUCCUUGUGAAAAAUGAACACAAGUUUGAGGAUGCAUGCAGCAAGUGACUUGCAGAAAAUUCUAUUCCAUGUAUCAUCAAAAUUCAAAAUCUUUGGAAUAUUCCAUUUUAUUGAAUUUCUCAAGAGGCCCCACGGCCAGGCUGUGAUCUGGCCAACAAAGAGACCCACUUUCUCCACAAUGAAUUGGUGUGAGGCAAAAGGUGUAUUUUGUGGAAUGAAUUUCAUAACCUGCACAGUGAUGAGCAGCCAACAAUCACCACGCAACAAGUAGCCAAUAUCAAGGUGACAGUCAUCAUGCUGUAAUCUUUGUGGUGUCCAUGAGGUUUGGUGAGGCCAUGAAGUAUAAAACAACAAUCUGUUGUUGCCUAUUCACCAAGUCAACAAAGUGUCAGCUGAGGCACCUUACUCUUCAUGAACACUUUCUAUCAGUGUACUGCUGGAGGGCUAAGGCCUCUACCUGGAGACAAUGCAUGCACCA